CAGACUCACAUAACUAACUAUGGCGAAACUUCGACAUAGUUGAUGAACCUUUUCAAACUCUUGUCGCACGUUUGAGACGUUAUAGGCGUCGAAUCACGGUGAAGGUGAGUUCGAGGGUCGUUUGACGCCUUUGCAGAGGACAAUAGAUGAUCUGACACCGCAGGUGACCAGCGGCACCGACGUACCUGUUGCUUGCCGCCCACAUACCGUAGGUGUCGGCCCUGGCUUAUUGUGUGUGGCACGAGGUUGAGGAGCGUGCGGAGUUGGGAAUUCCGAGGGCAACGGGGAGAUGAGGACAGCAUUGCUUUGUUUCGUGUUCCUGGGGAGGAUGAUGCUGGGACUUGAGGCGAAGGAUUGUGCGUGUACUGGGAAGUCGAGGUGUCACUGUGAAGGAGUCAAAGGCAAUAAGGGAGAAAGGGGUUACUCAGGAGAGACUGGUCUACCUGGGUCGGUUGGCUAUCCGGGCUCAGAGGGUCACCCUGGAUCAGUGGGACCAAAGGGGGACGUGGGCCCUUAUGGACCUCCAGGACAAUAUGGCAAUCGGGGACCUGAGGGUAAAGAAGGAUUUGCUGGGACACCAGGUCUACCGGGCAUCCCAGGCCUUCAAGGACCAAUGGGCCAACAAGGUGCCUCCGGAUGCAAUGGAACAGAGGGGAAGAGGGGUUCAACUGGUCCACCUGGUUUCCACAGCAGUGAUGGAUUAAGAGGUUCACCUGGAGCACCUGGACCAAAGGGUGAACCUCAAACAAUUGGAAGUGGGCCACCUGGACCUAGAGGAAGAGACGGUGACCAGGGUGUCUCUGGGUCACCAGGACCGACGGGAGCACCAGGGGAAGCUGGACUUCGUGGGGUUGAGGGAUUGAUAGGCCUACAUGGAGCACCAGGAUUAAAGGGUCAAGAGGGACGCAGCUCUAGUAUCCCUGGCCCUCGUGGUCUAAAGGGACACCAAGGGCCCCCUGGAGUCCCAGGACCGAAAGGGAUCAAGCUAUACGCCCACGCUCCCUUCGAUAUGAAGGGAGAGAUAGGUGAACUGGGUGAGAAGGGCUGUAAGGGUUCACUUGGUUAUGCUGGCCACAUCCACUUUAAAGGAGCAAAAGGGGACCAAGGGGACGUUGGUACUGAGGGAAGGCCAGGGAAGGAUGGGGAUCGAGGACCCGCUGGAUAUAAGGGGAGAAAUGGGAAUCACGGUUCAGCAGGUCCUGAUGGAAUCCCUGGACCAUGGGGACAGAAGGGUGGUCAGGGUCAAGAUGGUGACCCCGGGGAGGUGACCAUGAUUGGCGAGGCCGUGUUUGGCUCCGGGGGUGCCAAAGGACAACAAGGGUUGGCUGGCCCUCCAGGUCCCACUGGAGUUACUGGUCCCCCAGGUCGCACCGGUUUCCAGGGGCCUCCUGGAUCUCCAGCUCCUAACUAUGAAGAUGAUCCCUACAAUCGCGGAGCGAAGGGCCGCAGUGGACCUAAAGGAGAUAAAGGAGACCAAGGACCCAUCAUCGACGGCGAGCCAGGCAGAGAGGGCUUUCCAGGAACAACUGGGGAAAGUGGAGACCCUGGACCCCCAGGACCAUCUGGAGACUCAGGAAAUCUUAAGGGCUUUAUAGGACCUCCAGGGGAAAAGGGAGCCAAGGGCUUGACAGGUGAACAAGGGUACAGUGGCCAAUAUGGUUUAAAAGGUCAGAAAGGAGAGGUCUGUAGGUUGUGUACAGGAAAAGGGUCUGGAGAGCCGGGACCCCCAGGACCUCCCGGUCAGCCUGGAUUCCCAGGCUUUAAUGCAGGACCAGGGCCCAAAGGAGAGCCAGGAUUCAAAGGCCCAUCAGGACCACCUGGUCAACCGGGUCUCCACGGCCCCUCAGGUGUUCCAGGGCCCCCGGGGAUGAAGGGAAAUCCAGGUUCCCACAACCACCGCGGGAUAAAGGGAGAGAAAGGAUCCCCAGGACUAGCUGGCAGAUCGGGGAAGGAUGGAAAUCAUGGGAACACUGGCUUCCCUGGACGCAAGGGCCAACGAGGCCCCAAGGGUGAUCCGUACUAUGGGCCGCCUGGUCUGAAGGGAGAUGUUGGUGUCCCAGGCCCUCCCGGACCACAGGGAUACCAAGGACCAGAUGGGUUGCCAGGUCCAGUAGGCAUAGGACCUCUUGGCCACCCAGGAUCCAAAGGCAAUAGUGGGGUACCAGGUCUACCUGGCAUAGCUGGCUACCCAGGUCAGAAAGGUGAGCCCAGCAAAAGAGUGGCUUACCAGGGAGUCCCAGGCCCACCAGGACAGAUGGGUCUGCCUGGGUUACAGGGCCCCCCAGGUCCUCGUGGUAGUGUUGGUUUACAUGGACUACAUGGUUACCAGGGGGAGAAAGGAGACAGUGGUGGAUUCUCCACCCUGGGAGGACGAGGGCCCACUGGAACGAAAGGUGACAAAGGGCACCCGGGACCCCCAGGUACCUCUGGAAGCGGCUACCCUGGACGACCUGGCACACUGGGAAUCCCUGGGGUUCCAGGGUCAAAGGGUGAUGUUGGGUUUGGGGCCCCAGCUCCAGUCGGCCCUAAAGGUUUCCAAGGUGGUGUUGGGGCCCGGGGACCUCCAGGAGACCCAGGGCUACUGGGACGACCAGGGAAUCCAGGACCAAUAGGCCUCAAUGGGUCACCAGGCCCCAAAGGAAGUAAAGGUGGGGUAGGUUCCCAAGGACCACCUGGUUACGCACAUACUGACUGUACAGGAGCCACAACCGGACCACCUGGUCCGCCAGGACCAGCAGGCAGACCCGGACCUCCAGGUUUAAAUGGACAGACGGGUGCGCUUGGGGCCCCUGGCGCUCCAGGUUUUGGACGUUCAGGCCCGGCUGGUGACCCUGGGCCCCCUGGGGUCUCCGGACCCGGAGUGCAGGGACUAGAUGGACAGAAGGGAGGCAGAGGGAGAGAUGGGUUAACAGGCACACCAGGUCCUCGAGGUGAUCCUGGGCUGGAUGGAAGAUCUGGAUCGGGCCCUGACGGAUUCCCUGGAUCUGGAGGACAACCCGGCCCCAGAGGGUCGGAUGGCCGUGAUGGGGAUAAAGGCCAUAGAGGUGUACCAGGCCCUGUGGGGGACAAAGGAACCACAGGCCCUUCUGGACCAGCACCUAUCACAGACUUAUAUGGGCUCCCAGGGGACCCUGGAAAGCUUGGUCUGAUUGGUUUUCCUGGUGCAAGAGGAGACCCUGGAUAUCCUGGACCAAAAGGCAUUGAUGGGAGGGAUGGUGACCCAGGAAAACAUGGGCCUAUAGGUCCCCCAGGUGAUCGUGGAGCUGAUGACCUAUAUUCAGUGGGAGGACCAGGCCCAUCUGGACCCAGGGGAGAUAUUGGGAGCAUGGGUUUACCAGGUCCCCAUGGAAUAAAGGGAGUUCUGGGUUACCAUGGAGGCCUGGGACAAGACGGUAGACCCGGUCCGUACGGGCCUAAAGGAACUAAAGGAGAGCCCAGUUAUGCUCAACCAGGCCGCAUAGGACCACCUGGACAAAAGGGCGAGCCAGCCUUGUGUAACAGCCAUGGUUCCAAGGGAGAGAAAGGCUCUCCUGGUUGUGCAGGUCGUCCAGGCUCCCAAGGGCCCACUGGAGCCAAAGGAGACCCAGGACAUCAUGGACAUCAUGGACCCCUAGGUUCUGCAGGGCCACCAGGUACCGAUGGUCCUCCAGGCCCCCCAGGACCCACUCCAUCAUAUGGAGCUCCAGGACAACCAGGGUUACCUGGCCCUCCUGGUCUCAGUGGUCCUAAAGGUAACCAGGGUCGCGAUGGCAUUCCUGGACCUGCUGGUCAGAAGGGAGAGACAUUGAUUGUGGGGUCGACUCCUGGCCUACGUGGAGAGAAUGGACAGCCAGGUCCAAAGGGAGAUGUGGGUUUUCCUGGCCCCACUGUUUUGGGGCCCCCAGGGUUUACUGGAGACCAAGGCAUUGAAGGACCACAAGGUCCUCGUGGUGAGCCAGGGCACCGAGCCGUUUGUCUCAAAGGGCUGAAAGGAGACACUGGUCCUCAUGGCAGACCUGGAAGCCCUGGGCGACGGGGUCCACGGGGACAGCCAGGGUCUGGAAGUUAUGGAUAUAAAGGGGACAGGGGAGACACGGGCUCUCCAGGGGGCCGAGGCUUCGACGGGCCCAGAGGGGACCCAGGGCUUCCAGGGCCAUGGGGACCAAGAGCCAUCCCUGGACCUCCAGGACCAAUAGGUGACCCAGGUCAUCCUGGACCCCCAGGAUUCCCCGGUGAGACGGGUGAUCAUAGUUAUAACCCCGGCACGAAAGGACCAAACGGGGCCAAAGGCCGGCCAGGACCACCAGGUCGUCCAGGACUUGACGUGUCUGGACAAGUGAGAUUCUAUAAAGGGGAUCCAGGCCCACUUGGUCACCACGGGAAACAAGGACUUCCAGGUCCAAGUGGGCUGCCAGGACGGCCAGGAUUUGCAGGCCCCACGGGCCCGAAGGGUCAGCAUGGACACAGCCCUCCAGGCCUGCCUGGGUUCCCUGGACGCAAGGGGGACAAGGGAUCACCGGGACGGACAGGGCCGGUGGGCUACCAGGGGUCCCCCGGACAGAAGGGUUCUCGUGGCCCGUGGGGCUCCAGCACGGCAGGCCUGGCUGACAGUUUCCUGCUUGCCCGACACAGCCAGACGAUCAGAGUGCCUGACUGCCCCAGAGGUACCACCCUCAUCUACUCUGGAUACUCUCUGCUCUUCAUCAAUGGCAAUGAGAGAGCCCACGGACAAGACCUAGGCUCCAUGGGCAGCUGCCUACCACGUUUCUCCACCAUGCCCUUCUUGUUCUGUGACACGGACAACACCUGUCGCUACGCCGCCCGCAACGACUACUCCUAUUGGCUGUCGACGGAGAAGCCCAUGCCGCGCAGCAUGGACCUAAUCAGAGGAGAUGAGAUAGGGAGCUACAUCAGCAGGUGUUCAGUGUGUGAGGGCAGCUCCAAUGCCAUCGCCAUCCACAGCCAGACCACCCAGACCCCAGACUGUCCUCGUGACUGGGAAUCCCUCUGGCCUGGAUACUCCUUUGUCAUGCAAACGGGUGCGGGUGCUGAGGGGUCGGGGCAGCCGCUAGUCUCCCCAGGCUCGUGCCUGGAACACUUCCGCCAGGUCCCCUUCAUCGAGUGCCACGGCCGGGGAACCUGCAACUACUUCCCAGACUCCUACAGCUACUGGCUGGCCUCGAUCGACCCGAAUCGCAUGUUCAGUAAGCCUGUGCCCCAGACUGUGAAGGGACGUCUUCUAGAGAAUGUCAUCAGUCGCUGCCGCGUCUGUAGGAAACCCUAUUGAACAUUGCCAGGGGCCGGAACAAGAGUUGGGUAAAUCACCAUCGGGAGGAGGGGCUAAGGAGAUUGACUGACAGGUAGUGUAGAUCAGUGGUCAGUAGCACUUUAUUUUAUGGUACUGUUUCCACUAUUAUUUAAUUGAGAUUUAUUUGCUUCAAGAAUUCAAGAAUGGUAUUUUCUUCAAGAAUUCACCACACUUUGUAACUACCUGGUAUUGAAUGAUGCUUUGUAGUGAUUGUUUUAAUGGGGGGAUUUUAUUUAUUUUUUUAUCAAUAAACGAACAACGAAAUGUGACUACGUGGUGCACGUGCACAAACACAAAACAAUAUCCCACAAACACAGGUGGGAAAAAUAGCUACUUAAAUAUGAUCCCCAAUUAGAGACAACGAUUACCAGCUGCCUCUAAUUGGGAAUCAUACAAGACACCAAAAGACACCAAAAUUAAACUAGAACACAACAUAGAAAUAUUAAACUAGAAUAGCCCCGAGUCACGCCCUGACCUACUACACCAUAGAGAAACAAGGGCUCUCUAUGGUCAGGGCGUGACAACCAUGCAAUGUUAUUAAUGUGAAAUCACCAUAACAAUACCUUGUUAUUUUCUGUACUGUAAAAUAAAGUGCUACCCUCACUCCGGGUCUUGAAGGGUACGGAUGUGGAACGGUUUUAAUCGUUUUUGUGCGUGAUCACCUUGUCCUCAGCCAUCAGCCAUGUUUCUAAGGAACUGUGUGGUUAGAGUAUGUCCGAAAGAACACCCCAUUAUAAAGACGCUGCAAUAUGAUUAUUAUCCCAAUUUGUAAGUCGCUCUGGAUAAGAGCGUCUGCUAAAUGACUUAAAUGUAAAAUGUAAAUGUAAUCCCAUCAUUGUUAAAGUCCCAUCAAAGUAACAGUUCAUUUUACACUGACUGAGGCUGUAUGCAGGGUAAUACACUACCACCACAGGUCACCACAUGGUGUCCAACAAACUUUGGUUCAAAUGGCAUUGGUUUUCUUUGAAAAUACUUUAGCUGAGAGUGGUAGAGCCUGCCUGGACUGCCAGGUGGCAGAGAUUGCACUUUUGGGACUAUUCCAUUAGUUCGAUUUUACCAGACAAGCUCAAUUGAGUGUUUUGAAACUGUCUAAUAGUAUUUUAACCCAUGUCUGGUACCAAGUCCAACAUACAUGGCUGACCAGAGAGACUACUCAGGACCUCCAUACGGGGGUAUUCAGACAGUAGCUUGGUUGGUGUGGUUAAUUAUUUACCUUUAUGACACAGUAAAUAUACUUGCCUUCAUAACACUGUCAUUCAGACUGACAUAAAAUAUGUAAUUCAGACUGACAUAGUUACAGUAUGUCGUUAAAGCUAGAAUCCUUAAUUGAAACCAUAACAAAGCGGUCACCCCAGUUCUGUUUUGGUAAAAAGCUGAGGGAUGGGCCUGGAUAAAUGUAACCACUCUCAAAUUAAUAGACAGAGCUAUGGAUGCAUCAUUGAUAUCAAAAUUCUACUUUUAGCCAUAUUUUGACGCUAUACACAUUUCCACACUGUUGGAACCUUUCCAGUUCAAAAAGGUUCCUUAAGGAACCCCGUGUACCUUUUCAACCCGGAACCUUUUUGUGAUGGAAGGGUUCCAUUUUUUUCCCUUUUUAAUAACAUACUGUAGAGGUGGUAGCCCAUCAGAACAUUGAAGCCGUGGCUUAUUUGAAGUGUGGCUUUCAGGUAGUUCUUUCAGACCACCGGUCAGAGUAAAUGUAAUUCCUGUUCAUGUUAAGUUUGUACACUGCAACAAAAGUCCUUGAAUAUUUAUGCAUAUUACAUAUUCUAAUAAUAAUAACAUUGCUUAUUUAGUAUAGUAAUAAAGUGGUAACUAACCCGCAGCUUGUGUUGGGGUUUGGCGUCUUUUUAUUGUUUUCAUGUGAUGUUUUAUCAACUGCACUCGAUCGUCAGUGUUUAAUCAUAGCAAUUCAGUUGUGGAACUUUUAAGUAUAUUUGCAAGCACACAUAGACUCAGCUUUGACAAUGCAAACAAGGGAAAUGCAGUGGGAUGCAGUGGUGGGUGAUUGAAAGCAAUGAGGAAUAAACUUCCCUUGCCGACUACUCUGCCAAUCAAUGCCCGAUCCUUGAAGGGGAAAGUGGACUAGCUGACGGCUAACCUGCGCUAUCUUAGUGACUACCAGGACACCUACAUCCUGGCAAUCACUAAGAGCUGGCUGUAUGAUCGGGUGAAUAACAGCGAAGUGGAACCAGCUGGUUUCACUGUGAUCAGACAGGAGCGAGACCCUGCUACUAGUGGGAAACAUCACGGUGGUGGUGUCUGUUUACUUAUCAGGGACCAGACCUUGAACUGCUGUCGGUGCCCCUUCAAUCCCAUUUACCUGCCCUGUGAGUUCCCACAAUUGUUUUGCAACUAUAGAUGUCUGGACUAGGCCUAUAUUUUCAUUGAGGGACGAAAUGAGUAGCCUAUGAAUACAUCAAAAUAAUGUAUUUUAUUUCAUUGGUAACCUCUUGUAGAAAAGCAAUUGUACACUCGAGGUUGUGCUGAUCUACGGUACUAUGCUCCUCCUCGUACUCUACCUAUGACCGCUUCACAGACAUGCUAAAAAAAGUUGUUUAACAAGCCCUCUCGUGUACAAUUGCUUUAUUACAUACCGUACAUCCUGAAGCAAACACAGCCAAAGCUUCAAAUAUAAAGGAUGGUUUAUUGUACACGGAACUGUUACGCUUGAAAGUUAACAAAACACUUUGUUUAGGAUAUCUACAUAAGUUCAGCAAUUGCACUGAAGUAGAUUGUAACGAUCGUUGUUGGAAGGAUGGUCGGACCAAGAUGCAGCGUGGGGUAGGUUAAUAAUUUUUAUUUAUGAUAUCGGCACAAAACAAGAAAGAGUAACAAACGAAACGUACGGCUUUGUAGGGCUAAAAAGCAACGAUACAAAAUCAAGAUCCCACAAACAACAGGUGGAAAAAGGCUGCCUAAAUAUUUAUUUUUUAUUUCACCUUUAUUUAACCAGGUAGGCUAGUUGAGAACAAGUUCUCAUUUACAACUGCGACCUGGCCAAGAUAAAGCAUAGCAGUGGCAUGAGGAGGUAGGCAAAUAAUUACAAUUUUGCAGAUUAACACUGGAGUGAUAAAUUAUCAGAUGGUGAUGUGCAGGUAGAGAUACUGGUGUGCAAAAAAAGUAAAUAAAUAAAAACAGUAUGGGGAGGUAGGUAAAUUGGGUGGGCUAUUUACCGAUGGACUAUGUACAGCUGCAGCAAUCGGUUAGCUGUUCAGAUAGCAGAUGUUUAAAGUUGGUGAGGGAGAUAAAAGUCUCCAACUUCAGCGAUUUUUGCAAUUCGUUCCAGUCACAGGCAGCAGAGAACUGGAAGGAAAGGCGGCCAAAUGAGGUGUUGGCUUUAGGGAUGAUCAGUGAGAUACACCUGCUGGAGCCCGUGCUACGGGUGGGUGUUGCCAUCGUGACCAGUGAACUGAGAUAAGGCGGAGCUUUACCUAGCAUGUACUUGUAGAUGAACUGUAGCCAGUGGGUCUGGCGACGAAUAUGUAGCGAGGGCCAGCCGACUAGAGCAUACAGGUCGCAGUGGUGGGUGGUAUAAGGUGCUUUAGUAACAAAACGGAUAGCACUGUGAUAAACUGCAUCCAGUUUGCUUAGUAGAGUAUUGGAAGCUAUUUUGUAGAUGACAUCGCCGAAGUCGAGGAUCGGUAGGAUAGUCAGUUAUACUAGGGUAAGUUUGGCGGCGUGAGUGAAGGAGGCUUUGUUGCGGAAUAGAAAGCCGACUCUAGAUUUGAUUUUAGAUUGGAGAUGUUUGAUAUGAGUCUGGAAGGAGAGUUUACAGUCUAGCCAGACACCUAGGUACUUAUAGAUGUCCACGUAUUCUAGGUCGGAACCAUCCAGGGUGGUGAUGCUAGUCGGGCGUGCGGGUGCAGGCAGUGAACGGUUGAAAAGCAUGCAUUUGGUUUUACUAGCGUUUAAGAGCAGUUGGAGGCAACGGAAAGAGUGUUGUAUGGCAUUGAAGCUCGUUUGGAGGUUAGAUAUAAUCCCCAAUCAAAUAUGAUCCCCAAUCAGAGACAACGAUAGACAGGUGCCUCUGAUUGGGAACUGUACCUGGCCAACAUAGAAACAAAAAACUAGAAUGUCCAACCUAAUCACACCUUGACCUAACCAAAUAGAGAAAUGAAAGGAUCUCUAAGGUCAGGGCGUGACAUAGAUAUUCUAAACAAAGUGUUUUCAUCUAAAAGGAUUUUCAUUGGUGUAUGAUAUUGGUUGCGUUGAAGACAUGGGCCAUUUGUUUUACUGAUCUCAGUAUGUCAAUGUCAGAGUGGCUUGUCAUUUGUGUGGUAUAAAAAAAUAUUAUUGUUUCUAGUCAUGUAAAAUGACAUAGAAUUGCAGGAAAUUCUUUUAGAAAAGGCAAUUUUUUUCUUGGACCCGCAAACCCCUCAGCCCUUGGUAUUCAGGACUAAGCCCCGAGUGUUAUGAAACUGUAUUGUGUGUGUAUAUAACAUAUUUUGUGUUUGGCUAGUUUAAAUUGAAAUGUAUAUGUUUUUCAGGUCUUUUGCCAUUUCAUCAAGUAUGUUUGAUAAUGUGUCUUAGUUAUGCGCUUCAACAAAGGUGCUCUCACAAAAAACAAUGUGAUUUUUGCAUUUACACUAUUUUUUAUUACACUGGUUGCAUGAUGCCAAAUAAACAUUCACUUGGAGAUAGAUUUCUGUACAUUUUCUGGAUUUGGGUCUUUGGUCUAAAUGCAAUACAAAUAUAAGCCCUAACCCA